AUGGAUUUCUCGUCUCUGUCUCCCGAGCAGUUCCGUGAGCUGCAAGAGGAGCAGAGACGGCUGUGGAGGGAGCACGAAGUCCGUCAACAGGAGCGGCGGCGUCAGCAGCUGGCGGCGUCUUCCCUCCCUUCUUCGCUUUCCUCAGCUCCUUCCCCGUCUUCCUCCCUUCCCGCCCCGGCGCGCCUCCCGCCCCAGCCUGCCUCGUCGCCUGCUUAUCUCACCCGCGCACGCCCCGCCCUCUCUUCCGCGGCUGCAGAGGAGGCGCAGCGACAGCGCGCUGCGGUGAUGACGGUCAUCUCUCUCCCGAACGGGCGCCGCCUGCGAAGGCAAGUGCAGCCAGGUGACACCAUCGCGCGCGGCCCCUCCCGUCGAGGACACGCCCUCCGGGAUGAAGGCCGGGAAGGCUCAAGGCACGCCGCUUCGGCCCCGAGGCCCUCCGUGAGCGGCGCGCAUGCAGAGGCAGGGCGCCCCCGCAAUCGCCUCUGGGAGGCGGCCAGGCGCUCCCGCAGUCUCCACACCUCCCGAGACAGGACCGGCGAGGCGUUCACCGCACUAGGCGAGGACCCGCCCGCCUUCCUGUUGCCGUUCACCUCGGCGUCGGCUGCCUCGCGGUCCGCAGCCGCGGCGGCCACAGCAGCGCGGCGGUUUCUGCGAGAGCCUCGCCAGCGGCAGCGUCUCCAGCGCCAGCUCGCUGCGCUGGGGUCGUCUGCGUCGGUGGCCUCGACGUCGGCGGUGGACGCGCUCCAGCGCGGCCUCUCGCCGCUCUUGCUGUCUUCCGACGGAGCGAUUUCCGGCUUGGCCUGGCUCUUAGCCUCCGCAGGCGGCGCCCUGGGCGUCGUCGCCGGCGAAAACGACCCGGGAGACAUCCGGCCUCAGCUGCAAGAGCAGGCGCUGCGGCUGCUGAAGAACCGGAAGGUCGCGCGCGUUCAGAUCGUCGCCCCCUCAGGCUUCUUCCGGAGCAGCGAAGAGGUGAAGACGGUGACGACUUACUACACGGAAGAAGACUUCAAGUGCCCCAUCUGCUUCGAACUGCUGCUCCGGCCUGUCGUGACGCCGUGCCUCCACAUCUUCUGCCGCGACUGCAUGCUCGCCGUGCUGCUGCGCACGUCCAUGUGUCCCCUGUGCCGAGCGCCAGUGUAUGCGGAGCAACUCGAACCGAUCGAGGAAUGCUCCAGCGAGAAAGUCGUCGACUUCUCCCUCAACUACCUUCUCCUCCCCGUCACGUGCACGCAGUGCUUCUGGCAAGGCCCCGUCUCCUCGUGGACCAGCAGCCACAACGCCCGCCGCUGUCGCCGCAUCGCCCGACAUCUGCGCCGCACAGACCCAAUCCCACUAAACCCUUCGUCCUCCCCUUCUUCGUCCUCUUCGUCUUCGUCUUCUUCCUCCGCGUCUUCGUCUUCUUCCUCCGCGUCUUCGUCUUCGUCCUCUUCGUCUUCUUCCUCCGCGUCUUCCUCUGCGUCUUCUGGCGUGGUGUCUGUACAGCCGCAUCAGCCGACGGAGGCAGAAAGAAGGCGGGAGACGGAGCGCCGCGUGCGCGACGCGUUUUUUCGGCCGGAUGGCGACGGCGCUGCCAGGCACGAAGGGCCGUUGGAGCUCGGAGGAGUCUCCGCGUCUUCGGGGGGUGGAGACGCUGCGGGGCACCCUCGGGACGGAUCCGAGCCAGAGGGUACAAUCCCCUCAGCCCGUCCGAGCGCCGGCGAGGGCGAGGAGGCCUCCAGCGACGUGGGGAGGGAGCGUUCUGCGCUGGCCUUGCCGGGGGGAGGGACGCGAGACGCGUGCAGUGAAGCAGCGCGCAGCGGCGCGUGCACCGGCGCAGAAGGCGAGACUCGGUUACUCCGGUUUCAGCACGAGCAAGAACGUGAGCAGCGACGCAGGCAGGAGGAGGCUCUGGAGCGGGAAGAACGGCGCGACCGCGAAGGCGGCAAAGACGGACAGGGCGAGACGGCCGCGGGGUCUGCGCCAGGAACGUCCGACGGUUCCCGGAUUGCGGGCAUGGACGAAUUGAUUGCGUUUCUUCGUGCGUUUCUCCCCGGCGACGCGCACGAGGUGGACUGCCAGGCGCUGUCGGGGGUUUCGGAGCAGACGCGAAAAGGGGACCGCGUGCGGCCCCGCGGGGCCUUCCCCGUGUCGUUUGGGGUGUGCACGCGCGUGUGCAUCAUCACGCACCGGAUGGAGAACACGGCCGGCGCAGUGGGUGGCUUUUUCUUUGGCAGCGGAACCUUCGCCCACAUGCAGGCCGUUCUCGAGUUCCGGCCGAGCCCAGAAGAGGAGGCUGAACGGCAGCGGCAGGCGGCGAACCGUGCCCGGCAACUCGCGAAGAAACGCGCGGUGGAGGCCCAAAUGCGGCAAGGCUUCGCCAGUUGGUUCUCCAGCAGCUCGGCUGUACAUACACCCGACGCGGAGGGGGAGGCAGCAAGUGUCUCCUCUGAUGAAGACGAGCUUUAUGUGUCACGAGUCACGUUCUUGUCGCUCGAGUGGCUAGGCGAAGGCCGAGGAAGAAUGGACUGGCAGGUCUCGCGGUCCUUCCCGCCGUUCCGCCCCUCCGCCAUCAAAAUGUUUGUCUACCGCACCGAGGAAGUCGGUGACCUGCCGCCCGUCACACUCUCCGACGGCGCGAGCGCUGCGUCCUCGACUUCUCAGGCUUCCCGGCCGCACCACACGCGCUCGUCAGGCGCAGUGCUGCUCAGCGACGCAACCUCCGCUCGCGACUCUUUCGCUCCGGUGCUCGGAGAGGACGGAGACUUCUUUUCGCCGUUCCUCACGGCCAGCGGCGACUCGCCGCCCGGGAGUGAAGACAGAAGAACGCCUCUUAGGUCUCGAAGCGCCGCGAGGCGCAGAGGCGAGAGCAUCUCGGGGAGACUCGACGAGGCGCACGGAGGGCUGUGCAGAAACCGAUGCGGCCGAGAAGACGGAGAAGUGAUGAGGACGUCUGAAGAUUUUCAAGUCGUCUACCUCCCCGGCGCGGUUCUCCUCCGCCUCCUGCUCCAAGUUCAACAUCGGCCCUACCGUGUCCUUGGGUGGAACUGCAGGGACUUCUGCAAUCUCCUGCUCAACUGCGCAUGCACACACCCUUCUCGGCCUCAGCAGAUUGUCCGGGUUCCUCGCCCCACAGGAGACUGUCCCUCUCUCCGGCAAUUCUUGCUUUCUCUGGAACAAGACGGGAUGCCCCCCCUGUCUCCGUCCUUGGCGAGUCGUCCGAGCCCGCGAGAACACCCGAGGAAUGGUGGAGAUUCCUCUUCUUCCUCUUCAUCCUCUUCUUCAUCCUCUUCUUCACCCUCUUCUUCACCCUCUUCUUCCUCUUCUUCUUCCUCCGCGCGUGGCGUGGAGCGCGUGGAGGGGGGGACUCGCCUGAGAAGAGCCUCUCGUACACCCACUUUGGAUGAUUCUCCUUCUUCCUCUUCUUCUCUUGCUCUGGUGCCGCCGUCUUCGCCUUCGUCUUCUCUUCGAGAGAAGGCCAAGCUGUCGCGCGGGGCGUCGCUGGUUCGCCGCGUGGCAGGCAAAUUGUUUCGCAGAAAAUCUUCGCUGAGCCGAGCCGGCAGUCCGCGCUCUCGUACCUCACCCCCCUCCCCCUCGUCGUUCUCUCGCGCUUCCUCGGCGGCGGCUUCCUGCGCCGCUGGUGCCGACGACACACAAGAAAAAGAAACAACGAAGGAAGCGGCAGAGCAGAAGGACGAGAAUGAGGAGAAAGAAGAGAGGGAGGCGAGAGAAGGGGACGGAGAGAAAGUCCGAGCGAGUAGGCAGGACGAAAACGUUGGGGAAAAGAGACUCGGCCUGCAUUCGACGGCGGAGAGAGACGCGGCAGCCACGGCAGCUUGGUGGGUUGCCAGGCACUGCGGCGGCUUCGGAUCAAGAGAACGCUUUCGUCGAUUUGAAAUCGGAGUCAAAACCAUCUUCCUUUGUCUUUUCGAUGCCGAGGACCGAAAUCGUGCAGCGCUUCGCCCGGCAGCGCAGAUGCUUCUUUCGACGGCGAAGUGGUUUCGGUCACUCUUUGGCGGGCACGAGGCAGUUGAGCCUCUCGCGAGUCCGUCUCUGUUUUCGUCAGCCUCAGCAGAUCCACACUUUUCGCAGCGCUCUUGCGACGAGAGACAGACUCCCCAUCUUCCCGCCCUGGCCAGUCCGUUGCCUUCUUCUAAGCAACUGCGCCUUCGCUACGAAACGCUUCCAGUCUUGGUCCUGGAGUUGCAACUGCGCGACAGAGAGGCGGCGGCCGAGAGAGGCUCUGGCCUGGAGUCUCUCAAACCGGAAAAAAUCGGGUAUUUGUCGCUCGAAUUCCGCAGCGAUGUCGGCAUUCAGUGGCAUUUUUACCGGCAACGACCACCAGGCUUGGAGGCAGCUGAGAGCGACGGCGGGACGAGCGUGGUCGUUUCCGCGGGGCUUUCUUCGGCCGAGGCCUGCGUUCGCUGCUUCGAGGAAAUGAUGAGUCUCCUCGAGGAAAUACGCGAUCGAGAAUACCACCCAACCAAAUGGAGCAGCUGGGAUUUCGUGGACACUCUUCUCGUUCGGUGUGCCCCUGAAGAAGCCUCCGCCCUCCUUCUUCUCCCGAUCGCAGAGAGCCGAUAA